AGGGUGACUGCAAAUGAAAAAAGCCAUUUGUUGAAGACAAUACCAAUGUAACUCAGUGCUUUAUACAAGAAAGAUUGCAUAAUGAGAUCGUGUUUCAAUAGGAGUUAUGCAUCAAAGGAAUUUCAAAACAGAGUAAUUUUUGGCCAACAAUCCGGAAAUACAUGCUUUCAUUAAUGAGUCGGUUAGUAAAGUAGGGAAAUCGAAAUCGUUGGUGUUUAAGCAAUCAAUUAAUUUUGAAGGAAACGGUAGUGAACACAUGUAUUGAGCUCAUAUUUACGGAUUUCCUCAUGUACGUAGUAUUGUGUUCCAAGGACACCUUUAACAUUGAAUGAAAUUCAUGAUCGUAAAAUUAUAAUUUGAGGUGGACUUACCUAAAUGAAAUUAUGACAGUUAAAACAUAUAGUUUGGUUGUGACUCCCUGUUUGUUUGCCUGUAUCGCCUUACUGCAGUUUCCUGAAAUCUCUGCCAGAAGGCACGGGUCAAAUCAUCAUGGUAGAUCACGACAUGGCCAUUCCGGUAAGAGAUGGAGUCAGUGGAGUGCCUGGUCAGCGUGUAAUGCCGAGUGUGGGACUGGUGUAUCGACAAGGAACAGGGAAUGCUUAGAAAAUACUCGAGCGUGUACGUCUGAAAGUACAGAAUACAAAGUUUGCAAUCGACAGGAAUGUACAUCCAAUCAACAAACCCUUCGACAACAGCAGUGUUCUUCACAUAACGACAAACAGUUUGGUGGCAGAAACUACCGGUGGCAGCCUUAUGACAUAGGCAAAGAUGAAUGUGACUUUACGUGUAGGGCGGAAAGAUAUGGCUUCUACAACACAUUUCCUGGACAUGCAAUGAAUGGUGCUCUUUGCAACAAAGAUCAAUUAUCAGUCUGUAUUGAGGGUAUAUGCAAGAAUGUGGGAUGUGAUGACGUAGUUGGAUCUAGGGCAACUCGUGACGUUUGUGGUGUUUGCAAUGGCGAUGGAUCAACAUGCCGAAUCAUCAAUGAUGUAUUUGAAACUAAGAAAUUAAACUAUGGUUACAAUGAAAUAGGAACCAUUCCAGCAGGAGCUACAAACAUCAAUAUAACUCAAUUGGACCACAGUAGAAAUUAUAUAGCACUGCGGAUAUCAGGAGGCAGAUAUUUUCUAAAUGGAAAUCGACGAUUGUCACGUGACGGGAAGUAUAAUGCAGGAGGAGCAGUGUUCCGUUAUCACAGCAGACAAACAAGUAAAUGCCCAGGACAAUGUAUUUUAUCGAAAGGACCUACAACAGAAGCGAUAGAUAUCAUGGUUCUUUCUUUCGGACACAAUCCAGGAAUUUUCUAUCAGUUUAGCUUGCCGCAUGGUCCGGAGUCUCAAAAAUCCUUAUACGAUGCAAUUAUAGUUGAAGACGAUUUUGGCGGAAGUCAUAAUAUUUCUCGCCCUGGACAUCGGUCUGGAAUACCAAGUCCCUCAAUAAAUAACACCAAUUCCGAUCACCAUCAUCGACGUCAUCAUUCCCGUACAAGCAAUGGUUCUAGUGCCAUGCCUGGCUACACACAGAGCUUUACAUUUAUGGAAAAAAUGGACAAAAAGUCAAAUGAUUCUUCUCUAAGAGGUGCUCUGAAGGAAUCGGAGACCUUUUAUAAGUCUCAGUCGGAUAAACAACGUCAGACGGUAAGGUCCGAUCCCUCGUUUGACGAUAAUUCGAUUCCGAGUGCCGAUGGAUUCCGAUGGGAGAUUACUGGAUAUACUCCAUGUUCAGCAACAUGUGGCCAAGGUACAAAAUCACCUUUCUUGGAAUGUUUUUAUGGAAACACGCGAGUUGAAGAAAAUCGUUGCUUGAUGGCAACAAAACCUGGGCUUGGAUCACAGCCCUGUGCUCUGAAGCCUUGUCCUAAAUGGGAAAACCAUCGUUGGCAGCCUUCGGAUUGGUCAGCAUGCAGUGUCACGUGUGGAGAAGGGCAACAAACUAGAAAAUUAAUGUGUGUCCAUGAAAUGUCGAAAAAUGUCCUGAUAUCCGUCGUGGAUAAUGAUUGUUUGGGUUUAGAAAGACCUAACACAACACAACCAUGCAAAACUGCACCUUGCUUUAAAUGGGCAACCGGCAGAUGGGCUCAGUGUUCAGUGACAUGUGGACGCGGAGAACGCAUGCGUAGUGUGACAUGUAUGUCUAAAGAGGGAAGGCGUGUUCGAAAUGACUUUUGUGAUCCAAUGGAAAAACCAGAAGAAAAGUCAAAAUGUAGUUAUGGAGAAUGUAGAACGGAGAGGGUCUCUUCUGUUUAUGUAAAUAUGAAGUCCUGGUAUGUCACAGAAUGGAGUAGAGAUUGUCCUGUAGAAUGUGGAGAGGGUAAACAAACAAGAAACGUCGUCUGUUAUGGAACAAAUGUAAAUACAGACCCAAGAAGAAGCUGUUUGCAACGUGAUAAACCGGAAACGGAACGUGUUUGUAAUUCAAGACGAUGUUAUGGAAAUUGGUUUACAGGACCCUGGAGCAAGUGUAAUGCCACAUGCGGUGACGGAUAUCAGAAUCGAGAAGUUGUAUGUAUCAGUAAAUCAGGAAGAGGAAGUCUCUCAAUAAUACCUGACUACAGCUGUUCACUACAAGACAAACCUAUACAAAGAAAACCUUGUCAGGCAGUUAGUCCUUGUGGACCACAGUGGUUCAUGUCAUCAUGGGGAGAGUGUUCUGUUACUUGUGGAAAGGGUAGAAAAUCACGUGAUGUGCAAUGCUUGGACACGUAUGGUGCACCUGCCAACAGCUGUAACAUUCGACGGAAACCAACAGGGGUAGAAUUGUGUAAACAAGGCCCUUGCAGGAGAGAAACGGUCGCGGAUUCCGGAUGUCGGGAUCGGUAUUCCAGAUGUGAAUUAGUAGUGCGAAGAAAACUGUGUGAACACGUGUUUUACAUGAACGUUUGCUGUAAUUCAUGUUCUCGAUGGAAAUCUUGAACAAGUUGUUUGGGUGUUUGCUUUGUUGUAAAUUAUGUAUUUAUGUAUUCCAACACAUUGAAUAACAUACACUCAUUUAGGUAAAAUUUCUUGUCUCAUCUUUUAUUAAGCUAGUUUAUAUAUUUUCAAUCUUGUGAUUCAUGACUAGUGAGCAUAUACAAGUAGAAAAGUGAAAGUCCCUAGGGAUUUCAAAGUAGUUGUAUACCCGGAACAGAAAUAAAUCUAGUUUUACAUUCUGUCAGUUUUCAGAGGUGAUACAUUAAUUUUUAAUUACACAAAAUUGUUAGAGAGAUUUUUUCUUAAAUAAUCAAAGACAAGAUGUUUACUGGAUUAUUAGCCUACUGAAGGCAAUGAAUGUUUCCCAAAAAAUGCAAGAUUUACAUGUAUUUUAACUUGUCUCAUGUUUUAUCUUUUUUAUAUCAGUAAUAUCACAUAAUUGUUUAUUUCGUUCAUUGUAUAUAAAUAUUCAUGACUUUUUCGCAAUUGUUAUUGAUACUUUAACAUGUUUCAGUCUCAUGAAUGAACGUUAAUAAACUUUUGACAGUGUUUAA